AUUUGGCAUUUAUAUUCUGAGCACAGCCACCGCCUGCAGAGUCAUUGAUUGGUCCAAAAGAACGCGCCAUUUAUAUUCAGAAGAGUUUUCUUUUUCAUCCGAAUGAUUCUUGACAUUGAACAAGCACGAGCACAAGAACACGUGCGUUGAGCUACAACAUUCACGCGUUGUAGUCUACGAUUCGUUCUACAGCCAAUACUACUACUCAAAACCACAACAAUGGUCCUGUUCCUGUCAAAUAACAGGAAACGCACUUCUAAGGAGGGUUUGAGCAGUUUCGUUCUGCAGCCACGUGUGGACUCUACCUCGUCCGGACGAAGUUCCCGACUCCUUCUUUUCCGACUCCUUCUCCUAGGUAAGUUUUGGCAGCACUUCCGUGUCCUUGGCCUCAAAGAAGACGCCACGAGAACGACUACGGAAGACCAAGUACAAUUAUGAUCAUUUGGAAGUGAGGUUGGCCUCGUCUCAUCAUCUAUGAGCAUAUUUUUCAGUCUAAUAAAUAUGAACAUGUUGAAUCUAUUUUCAAGUAGGAAGGUCAUGGAUAUUAUGCGAGAUAGCUCGGUCAACUCUCAAUCCCUAAUAUUACGAGAGCCGCACCACGCUAUUGAAGAUGCAGCUUCGCAAAAAUCUUUGCGACAACCGGAAAGUGUUGAAGGUGCAUCAUCAAAGGGUCCGCUUCUAGGUCAUGUUACGGCACUAAACGUGAUGCUACCUUUGUUGAUCAUAGGAAUAUGCAGUAUGAAGAUGCUUGUAGACAUUGCAACAAACUUCUGCUCUAAUGUACAACUUCUACCAGGAUACAUGAAAAUUGUAAAGUAAUUCCUAUACUACUCAGUAGUUUGCGUAAGAAUAGACUUGAUUUUCACUGAAGCUGAUGAAGUUGAAGAUGCUCAAAGUAGUUUUUAUGUACUCGUCUAAUCACGCUACUACGACACAAGACGAGGAAUACGAAGAAACGAGUGCGUUGGCCUACCUGCAAGUCCAAACAACAAGAGAAUGGGCUAAGCCUGCUACUCAUUAUGACUACCUAGUAACUAAGCUAAAAAUGCUAAUGAUCUGAACUAAUUGUUCAGUCUGUUGUUCUUAUUCAUGAUUAGGGCAAUGGCUCGUACUUGUAAGUCGUCGUGAAGGUUAGUGCAAAUCAUCUACUUCUAGCAGUUACUAAUUUAUUUAGUAAACUCAGCGCAAAACAACGAGCUAGUGGUCCUCGUCCUAGUCCAAGCACGUAGGUAUCGUCACAUCGACAUGGACAUCAUCAUGACCACAAGCCAGAUAAUUCUCCGCCUUACCGUGGUCCUGCUCGUCUAAUAAUUUGCAGCAGGAGGAAACCAGCCAGCUGCGAAGGCAAAGGCUGGUGGAGGAAAGGCUCAUCACCACCCUUGGGAUGGGGUUUAUGCAGACCCAAACCAUCCUGGAGGUUCAAGAACAAUCACUGUUACAGGAGAAAUUUAUGACAAAAUGUGUCUGCUAAUUUUGCUACAAAAGAAUAAGAGACUCGAUCGAGAAUGAGGACAACGACGAGAAAAAUUAGAAUGUUGUUGUACAUGUUGAGGUCGUUGAGGAUAGUUAUUUUGUUCAUGAACUACAAGAAUCUUCAGAGCAAUCAUUUAUAGAAGUAACUGUAACUGUUUGUGCAUCGUAACAGUGGCAGUUCGGCAGUAGAUCAUACCUUUAGAAGGUUUCUAUUGAUCUAGAAUCAUCUAAUAAUACGGGAAGAUAAAAGACAAAGAGGGCUUCAAAAUGAACAUCCUGGUAGUCGAUAAACCGAACACUCCUGCUGUUGCGUGCACCGGUGCUACUUUGAAUCAAUAAUUUUAGUGAGGAUGAAGAUGAUGUUGUAUAUGAUGAAACCAAAAUAUGUUAUCAUUAUCAUACUUUUCUACUUAAGAAACCUGAUAAUGCUAACAGAUUUUCUUUUCGUAUUGAUAUUGUACUCUCACGAUUAGUUCUUACAACUGAUAUUGCUAGAUCAUGUGAUCAAGUACAGCACGCCGUCGAUUUACUGAUGAAGAACAUGUCGACGGCGUGCUGUACUUGAUCACAUCAUCUGGGAUUUGUCUCAUAACAAGAACUAGAAAGAAGCACAAAGAAAUCACAUGAUCCAGAAAUUUGUUUCAUAAGACACUAGAUCUUCUAGAAAGACGCACAAUAAUUGCUUAUCCAUGACGAUAAAGAACAAUAUCUUGCUCAACUGCGCUUUUUUUUCUACACACCGACCAGAUGAACAAAAUCCUCGACAUUUUCUCCACGACAACAGGUGUCUUAUCACAUGACUCCUUUACCGCUUACCUGGAUCUGAGUCCAAAGGGAGGGCCGCAAUAUCUGGAAGCCAAAUUCACACCAAGAUUCCUAGGAAAAAGCUUGAUUUUCACUUAGGAAAAGAAUUCUUGGUGCUGUACUAGAAGACUGAGCAGUAGAAGUUCUUUUCAUAUUAGGUGAGUAGAAGAUGAGACCUUCUUCUACUUGUACGAUACUUCUAGUUGUACUAGAUGAACAACUUCGGAGAACAAGAAGAAGUAGUUCUUGUUUAGCCUUGCAUCUUCUUGAAUACUACUACUACAUCUCAUACUAAUCAUUCUGUUCCUUACCAAGCAGGACGAGGCGAGCAGAGGACUUCAUCCUUCGACUUAGAAGAAGGUCGCUUUUAUUGAGUCCUACUUCUUGAUCAGAUUCUUGACUAGUAUCUUAGAAGUCCUCUACUUCUACAAGUACAACAUCUAACACAAAGCAGACGGAAACGAAUGGCAUUCGAGAUUCCCAUGGUUUCAGAACCUGUUGAAAAUCUUAGCUCUGAUCCUCACACCGCUCUUCUUCAUCGCGCCAGGAGAGCCAUUCAUUCGUUGGUGGAGGGGAAGACGUAUUUGCUCAUUUCUUCUACUUGUACUUGUGAUGAUUGACUUAUUUGGUUCGAGUAUAUUUGUUUAGCGUUAAGUUUGGAAUUUGAUCAAGAUUGAUUAAUCCACUACAUCCACUAUCCUCUAGAAAAACUGCAUUAUUUGGCUCGUCGAGUACUCAGUACUACAGAUAGACCAAGAGGAUGAUAUUCCUACUCGCUCGAGUACUUGUUUGACUACGUGGUCGAAUUCUGAUAAAUCCACCCACCUCUGAAUCUUCCCAUUCCCGAACAAGCACCUGCAACAGACACUAAAAUUUUAAUUUAGUAUCUGUGUAUUCGAUCUAAUUUACUAUAGUGACUGUGUAACUGGUAUCCUGCUAUACGUUCAGACGACGGCUCCUACGUAUUCGAUCUGGCGCCUACCCCGUUAUUCGGUGCCCUGAUACACACCAACUUCCAGCUAGUGUUGAUGGCGAUUCGCGGCGAUGUAAUGGAGGGCCUUAUUUUAAACGUCAUAGGAUAUUUCUUUUAAGAACUAGAAGUAAUUUCUAAGUCUUCUAAGUCGGUUACGGCUUUCUACUUACGUAAAAAUGGGGUGAAGUCAGAUAAGAUUUCGUAAUGCUGCGCCUGCAUGCAGUUUAGCCAACUUAUUUUCUUAUUAAUCAUGUGAUUGAUGCUCCUGCUCGCAGGAGACCACGACGGCGCAAAUACUAUACGACCUCUAAUCUGCCAGCGCCUUUUACAUGUGUGUGUAUCCAAUCUGCAUGCAUAAGGAGAUAUUCGGGAAACUCUAUUACGUCGAAGCUGUGAUUGCGGUAAUACUUUUAAGGCAACUAGUACCAGGUGAACUAAAUACAGAGCAUCUACUUUCGCAAUAAGAUGAAAGAUGAUGCAGAAUCCAUCAGGAAAGAGGCAGCGAGCUACGCAGUACUUCUAGCUCUAAUGAUCGCAGUCUUCCUGUGGUUGUCUUAUGGCCUGAUGGACAAAGGAGCAAUCCGAAAUGCGAAUUAUGAGUCGAGAUGGUUGGAUUUUUUGCGCGUGAGCGGCAAUAUUUCCGGAAUACUCAUGCUCGCAGCUCCAAUCGCGGUUAUUGUGCAGUAUUAUCUUAGAAUCAUUUAUAGAACGGAUGUCGCGGUUUCGGUUAUUGUGCAGUAUUAUCUUAGAAUCAUUUAUAGAACGGAUGUAGGAUGGACUUGGAUGGAACGGAUGGAACAUCAACGGAGGGACUUCCCACCAUUAGAAGUAAGGCGCGGCUAUUGUGCAGCAUCAUCUCUUAUACAUAGUAAGUCGCGGCUAUUGUGCAGUGUAUCAUCUAGCAUACAGAGUUACUAGAUCAUCUUUAUCAUUUUUAUUUGUUUUUCGUGAUUUUUGUUCACGUUCAGGUUAUCUUUGAGAGAACUUUCUACUUCCUCGACAUUUUGAAUGCUAAAAGAUAGAAGCUGAUAGAUUUUGCUUGGUCGUCCCCCAUCAACUUCUAUCUCUCUGAUGUCAUCCUCAUCUUCGAUCAAUCAAAUAAAUGAACAUCGAUCUACUUCCCACAAUGCACCACCACCACCACACCACCAACCACAAAAUCAGAGCGAUCCGGGAUCACAAUAGCAAAUACUUUGGACCUCUGUUUAUGAACGUUGUCGCUAUCGGGAUGACGCUUUGCUGGACGUUGAAUGGUUUCAUAUACUACAAAGACUUCGGGAUCUGGGUUCACAACUCAAUCUUAUGGCGAGGACGAGGAGCUAGAGAUCUUCAUACUGGUAAACUUUCUGUUUUGCUUUCAGAACAAGUAUAUAGAAGCUCUUAUAAAUAUAUUAGAAAGAAAUAAGGGCGCGCGGACGCCACCGCCGCUCCAUCCACAGGGGGGGGCUCCCUCCCUGGUCCAUAUUGUGCGUGAUAUGUUGCCACUGCCUUCUCUUACUAGUUGUCGCUGUAGCGGAAUGCUGAAGUUGUAACGAUUCAAAAUCUACUAUCGUACUCGAAAUUCAAUAUCUUCUGAUACUGCUUUACUACAACAACUUACCACUUUUGCUCUCAUCUGAUGUCUACUCUCUAACCUUCGGCUUCAUAGUCCAGACGGUGACUCUGUUUAUGCGAUUGUACGUCGUGGACGUGCCAGGAAGCAGAGUUACUCUAGCCGAUGCAGAAGAAGACGAAAAAGCAGCGGGACUGGAAAGUACUCAUCUUGUUGCAGGUACUACAAUUAUGGCUUCGAAGAAGAAUUAGAAUUUCUUCGUAACAUGAUGAGGAUAAAACUACAGUCACAGUAUAGAGGAACACAACGUCAAGUGGGAGGGGAAAGGUACCAAGGAUGUAGAAUGAAAGCAUUCUCUAAAAACGCAACGGCAGAUGAGACAGGGAAUUCGGCAACCAGACGAAGUGGGGGGAGUGCGAAUGAAAGAGAUGACUAGAAAUAGUAUGUUCCUCAUAGCUUGAAUAGUUGUAGUUCUGCAUAAUUGUCAUAGAAAAAGCCGAAGCAGAAUUCAAUCGUGAAAAUGAAAGAUCAUGCAAAGGAAAUUAACAGUUCGUACUUUGAAUUAUCCAACAUUAUCCCGUGUAGAAGUACUCUAUCGGAUUCUGGUCGCACAAAAAAACAAGAAUAUUUGCGUGCACAGGUUUGAAAUAGAUUGCGUCAUCAUGAAGCCUAUCGGGACUAAAGUGGUACAACAUUCAAGCGCAAAGCAAAGCCAAGUAGUUGCGUCAUGACCGACAUAAAGAUAGAAGUUUGGAUGAAUAAAUAAAUGCAAUUGAAGGGGGCAGCUAAAACCCAUCAUGUUUACUAGGUCUAGGUUCUACGUUCUCUAGCUUUGAUCUGGCGCUCAUUAUCGCUACUUUGUGCCAGACUCCCCAAUCUAUCUUCGUAGAAGGUACAACAUCACUCACGGACAGAAUAGACUCGCUCCUCCUCGUCAAUGAAGGAGAAGCAAAUUAAUAUUUAUAUGAUUGUCGGAGACAGCUCGAAG